ACAUUGCUUUGCUAUUAAUUUGAUUCCCUACCAUCCUUCAACUUCACUUUCUCAACUUCUUUAUCUCUCUUUCUCCUCUCCUCUAUUCAAAGCUGUCAUCUUUUUCAUUGUGUUCCAGCUUCGCCACAUGGGGAGACACUCUUGCUGUUACAAGCAGAAACUAAGGAAAGGUCUCUGGUCUCCUGAGGAAGAUGAGAAACUUCUCAAUUAUAUUACCAAGCAUGGUCAUGGCUGCUGGAGUUCUGUCCCUAGGCUAGCAGGUUUGCAAAGGUGUGGGAAGAGUUGCCGGUUAAGGUGGAUUAAUUACUUGAGGCCUGAUUUGAAGAGAGGAGCUUUCAACCAGCAGGAAGAGAACUUGAUUAUUGAACUCCAUGCAGUUCUUGGUAACAGAUGGUCUCAGAUUGCAGCUCGGUUACCGGGGAGAACAGACAAUGAGAUUAAGAAUUUAUGGAAUUCCUGCAUUAAGAAGAAGCUAAGGCAAAGUGGAAUUGACCCCAACACUCACAAACCGCUAUCUGAGGUUGAGAAUGAUAACAAGGGCAAGCCACCUACAGCCAACAGGAACAGUGAGAAAGUUUCUGUAGGAUCUAAUGAACUUAAAUUCAGUGAGAAACUCCCAAUUGAGUUUUCUUGCAGCAGCAGCAGCAAUGGGAACAAUAUGACAAGAACACCUCAGACUCAGGAUUUGUUGCUGGAGACUUUUACUGCCUCCCAUUACUGCUCCACCAGCACCACCACUACCACCACCAGUUGCAGGCCAUCUGAUGUGGUGGGGUAUUUCCCUUUCCAGAAGUUGAAUUAUGGACCCAAUAUUGGAUUCUCCAUGAAUCAAAGUACUUCUCUCUCCUACAAUCCUAAUUCAUCCAGCUCCUCUGAGAUGAUUUCUGAGUUCAAUUCUCAAACGGUUAUCCCUACCAUGUCAGGAUCACUUUUCCAAACCCCUAUUCACGUAAAGCCUUCUGUUAGUCUUCCUUCUGAUAACCCUUCUUCUGUAGGCUUAUGCGAAAUGAACAGGGUGCAAAACUGGGAGGGCAGCAGCUUCAGCAGCAAUGGAAGCAGUAGCAGUAUUGAAUUACAAUUUGAAAGCAAUGUCUACUCCUGGGGACUAACAGAUUGUGGAAAAUCCAAUGCAGAACCUGAAAUCCGUACACUGGAAGGGGAUCCAGAUGACCUUAAAUGGUCUGAAUAUCUUAACGCACCAUUUCUUCUUGGAACCACAAUGCAAAGCCAAUCCUCUCAAGCCAUGUACAAUGAGGUCAAACAAGGCAUCUUCGCACCAGAAACAACAGAAUCAGGCUUCCGAUACGCAUGCUAAGGAUUGCCAGAGGCCUUUGGAUAUACCCUUUAACCUUUUAUUUUCAGAUGUAGGUGUGUGCUAUAGUAAUAUUCUUGUCUUGACUUUGUAUAUGUGUCUUAUACAAAACUUUUAUGAUUCUGUUACUCAAUAUAUUAAUUUAUUUGUAAAUUUUCAUGAAACAUGUUAGAAUUUGAGAAUAAUGGAAUUUCUGCUGU